CCCUUUCCUCCCGCCCGCCCUGAGCCAGAGGCAGAGCAGCCGCCGCCGGAGGAGCCGGUUCCAUGCCCCCUGGAGCCUCCUCUCGCUGCUGCCGCCACCUCGUUCUCCUCCUCAGCGCGCAGUCCCGGCAUGGACGUUAGGUUUUACCCUUCCGCCCCCACCGCCGUUGGUUCUUUGCCCGGGGCCGACCCCCCUUGCUUGGGCCCCCUGGACUAUUACCACUGCAACAAGUUUGACGGAGAGAACAUGUAUAUGGGAAUGAAUGACAAUAACCAGGAAUUCCUCUCAGCAAAUCAGACAUACAAUGGUCAGAAUGAAAAUAAUGAAGAUUAUGAAAUCCCUCCUAUUACUCCUCCUAAUCUCCCUGAUCCAUCCCUUCUUCAUUUGGUGGAUCAUGAAACUGGAUAUCAUUCAUUGUGCCACAGUCUCCCCCCAAAUAGCCUGAUACCAGCAUAUUCCUACCAGAAUAUGGAUCUUCCUGCUAUCAUGGUAUCUAAUAUGUUGAGCCAAGAUGGGCACCUCCUGUCUAGUCAGCUACCUACCAUCCAGGAGAUGGUCCACUCAGAUGCUACGUCCUAUGAGUCCAACCAUCAAGUUCCCCUGAUCAAUCGAGCAGGGAUGUUAACCAGUCACAUGAGUGCCCUCAGCCAGUCACAGCUGAUUUCUCAGAUGGGUUUGAGGAGCGGUGUUACACAUGGUUCCCCAUCACCCCCUGGAAGCAAAUCUGCUACACCAUCUCCCUCCAGUUCUACUCAGGAAGAGGAGACAGAAUCACAUUAUAAGGCUACUGGAGAGAAGAGACCUUUGACAGAUCUGGGCAAGAAACCCAAAAACCAAAAGAAGAAGAAAAAGAAGGAUCCUAAUGAACCCCAGAAGCCAGUGUCUGCUUAUGCCCUCUUCUUCAGAGAUACACAAGCAGCUAUCAAAGGACAAAAUCCCAAUGCUACCUUUGGGGACGUGUCAAAAAUCGUUGCAUCAAUGUGGGAUAGUUUAGGAGAAGAACAAAAGCAGGCAUAUAAAAGGAAAACUGAAGCAGCAAAGAAGGAAUAUCUAAAAGCUCUGGCAGCCUACCGGGCCAGCUUGGUUUCCAAGAGUUCAGCUGACCAAGGCGAGACAAAAAAUGUUCAAAGCAGCCAACCUUCAAAAAUGAUCCCACCCAAACAGCCCUUGUAUACAAUGCCACCGCAAGCCUCAUCACCUUAUCCUGGCUUGGGCUCCUUCUUGUCCCCAUCGGAUCUGCAGAGUUACCGUGGUCACCCUCACCCCAGCCUCUCCAGGACCCUCAGUUCCAAACCCAUGUUGCCCAGUAUCAGUGCCUCGCCACCUCCUUCUUUCCAAAUUAGCCCCCCUCUCCAUCAGCAACUCUCUUUGCAUCACCCGCAGAGCUCCAUCCUCAACCAGCCCCUCAGCAUGCAGCAGGUCCCCCAACAACCUAUUUUGUCUCCUUCUAUGGCACUACAGGUACAGCCCCCCAUGAAUUCUUCACCACCAGGCCAGCAGGAUUUUUCACAUAUUUCAUCCGAGUUUCAGAACAGUGUUGGACCCCGAUCACCUGGUGCAUCAAACCCUCCAGGAAAUACUGACUGGGACAACGAUUACUCCAGCAGAGAGUGUGGGAUUAACCACUGCAGCAUGCUGCCAAGGGACAAGUCACUCUACCUCACUUAAGCCUUGACAUCUCCAUUCUGCAAAGGUGAAAAGGAAGGACACUUAAGUGAGUCUGUGACACAGGCUACCCAGGUGGGCAUCAAGCAAGUCACAUGGAAAAGAGAGCAUGGCUUCAUAUCUUGAUUCUGAGAGCAGCCUGUCCUUUGUCUUUUCUAUCUUUUCUUCCUCCUUUCUUUCUUUCUUCCUUCCUUCCUUCCUUCCUUCCUUCCUUUCUCUUCUCAGAAGUCUACUGUAUGUGGAAGCCAACCAUGCAUAGAUCAUAAAAGAGCAAAAUUGAUAAAGUUUCACCCCAUCCCUCAUGCAACUUUCUUGCUUGCUACCAGCUUAGCUAAGGACCAUUUUCCUAGCGAACUGCUUUUUAGAUUCAGCACAGACUAUGGCACAGCACUCAACGGCAUUAGCUUGGCUCAGCAGGAGGAGAUGCUCUUACGAUGACUUGCUAAAAGGCACUAAAUUUUGUGCAAGACAAAUGUGAAGUCUGUGUGAAUAUUGUACAUGCAAAGGCCUUGAAUGUCUGGCAAAGAUUUAAAUUCAAAAUAAAAACAAAACUAUUGUUUGGAGAAUGGGUGGACAUAGUAGCUGGGAAGCAAAAGUGCAAAUAUGAGAAGGAAACAAUGUGAAAAAAAAAGACCAUGAAAAAUAUAAUUUGUUGGAUAGUUGUAAGUAGCUUACUUAAAUGUUUUAGAAGUGUGCUAAAGACAUCUUUAAAAUUCUUUUGUGGAAGAAAUAGUAGUUUACUUUAUAGUAAAAGCAUUUUAUAUUAAUUGUAGCACAUUUUUUAGUUAUACAUAGAAUGGAAAUGUGUAUAAAAAAACAAAUGAAAAAAAACCCUGCCAAACUCGUUUCUAUUAUUUGUACAGCAAGAAAUGGACAAUUUAUAUCCAUGUUAUAUGGCAUUAUUAUAUUUUUUCAGCCAUAUGUCCAUCUAUUUAAAAUUGCUGACAAGGAUUUUUGUCUAUUUAUGAAAAAAAUAGAAAGCAGAAUUACAGUUUAUGAAAAGUGCGUUUUCCAUGUUUUUUUUAAUUAUUUUUUAUUUUCUUUGUGGUGCUGUUUAUACAGUACCUGCACAUUUUGACUCACAAUGCUUAUCUUACCUUUCUUUAUAAUAAAACAAAAAAAGUAGAA